AUGGCAAUGCAAUUACAUUCUUUUCUCUUAGGCAUACUGCUACUAAUUGGCUUUGCUUUCACAAAUAGUGAAGCUGAUAUUAGAGCUCCACCCACACAUUUUGACACUGCUUCUCUCAACAGGAGUAGUUUUCCAGAAGGGUUCAUAUUUGGUGUAGGUUCUGGAUCUUACCAAUAUGAAGGUGCUGCAAAAGAAGGUGGUAGAGGACCAAGCAUUUGGGAUACCUUCACCCACAAAUAUCCAGAAAAGAUUAGCGAUAGAAGCAAUGGAGAUAUCACUGUUGAUCAAUAUCACCGCUAUAAGGAAGAUGUGGGGAUUAUGAAGAAUAUGGGGUGGGAUGCUUAUCGAUUCUCUAUCUCAUGGUCAAGAUUGUUACCAAAUGGAAAGUUAAGUGGAGGAGUGAACAAGGAAGGAAUCAAAUAUUACAACAAUCUUAUCAAUGAGCUCUUACGCAAUGGUUUAACGCCAUUUGUGACACUCUUUCAUUGGGAUCUUCCCCAAACUUUAGAAGAUGAAUAUGGUGGUUUCUUAAGCCCUCAUAUUGUCAAUCAUUUUCAAGAUUAUGCAGAACUUUGUUAUAAGGAAUUUGGUGAUCGAGUAAAGCAUUGGAGCACCCUGAAUGAGCCAUAUAUCUUCAGUUAUAAUGGUUAUGCAAUCGGGGUCAAUGCGCCAGGACGAUGCUCCACUUGGCAGCAGCUAAAUUGCACCGGCGGAGAUUCAUCUACUGACCAUAUUUGGUUUGCUGAGCCAUUGACAAGUGGUGACUAUCCGCAAAGCAUGCGAGAUCAUGUAGGAAGCCGAUUACCAAAAUUCACGAAAGAACAAUCAAAGUUGCUAAUUGGUUCAUUUGAUUUUCUUGGACUAAAUUACUAUACGAGUUACUAUGCAAGCAAUGCACCUCAAAAUAACUCGGUAUACGCGAGCUACACAACAGAUGCUGGCGUUAAUCUUUCAUCUGAGCGUAAUGGGGUCCCCAUCGGUCCAAAGGGUGCUUCGUCGUGGUUAAUGUUUAUCCACGAGGAAUUCAACAUCUUUUACGCUACACAAAGAAAAAGUGUGGAUGAGUUGAAUGAUCCGAAAUUAUCACUUGCUGAAGCCCUUAAUGAUACCCAUAGAAUUGACUACUACAAAAGCCACCUUCAUUAUGUUCAAAGUUCUAUUGACAAUGGUGUCAAAGUGAAGGGAUUCUUUCCGUGGACGUUGCUAGACGACUUUGAAUGGUUUUCGGGAUUCAGUGUUCGAUUUGGUAUCAUCUAUGUAGAUUACAACGAUAGGCUUAAAAGGCACCCAAAACUCUCGUCGCACUGGUUCAAAAGUUUCCUUAAGAAGUAUUGA